AUUAUUUAGUGGACCGGAGUAAUUACUGCACAAUGCUUGUCGGGAAAUUAGUUAUGUAUUUAUUAUUUCCCAGCUUUUUGCUGGCCGAGUAUUGCAUAGAAACGAGAAAUAACAUUAUUAACGGCAAAAUUGAAACUUUAGAAGUAGAGAUAUGUUGCCCUGGCUAUGUCCGUGUUGAUUUUCACUCUCUCAUAUGUAAACUGAAUUGCACUGAGAGUUGUGGUAGUGAAAACUGCGUGAAGCCAAAUAUUUGCAGUUGCAACCCAGGCUACGAUAAUUUCAACCAUUUGAAAUCUAAUGGCUGCGUACCCAAAUGCAAGAUUGGAUGUGAGAAUGGCUAUUGUCCAUCCCCUGGUGAGUGUAAAUGCUACGAGGACUACGAGUUUGAUCAUGCAAGUGGUAACUGCCUUCCAAUCUGCGACAGUGGCUGUGUAAAUGGAUACUGCAAGUCGCCGGGAAUUUGUGAAUGCCUCACGGGAUACUCGAAAAAAACCGAGAGUAGUUGUUCACCAGUCUGCAGAGAUGGGUGUGUGAACGGAUUUUGCUCCGAUCCUGGAAAAUGUUCUUGCAAUGAUGGCUACUCUAAAGUGAAUGAGAGCAGUUGUGCUCCUGCCUGUAUAGAUGGAUGUCAGAACGGAUUAUGUACUGCUCCUGGGGAAUGCACCUGUAACGAUGGCUAUUCUAAAGUAACAGAGAACAGUUGUUCACCAGUAUGUAAAGAUGGUUGUGAGAACGGAUUCUGCUCUGCUCCUGGAGAAUGCUCCUGCAACGAUGGAUAUUCUAAAGUGAAUGAGAACAGCUGUGCUCCAGUCUGUAACAAUGGAUGUCAGAACGGAUUAUGUACUGCUCCUGAGGAAUGUUCCUGUUUCGCUGGCUAUUCUAAAAUAACAGAGAACAGUUGUUCACCAGUAUGUAAAGAUGGUUGUGAGAACGGAUUCUGCUCUGCUCCUGGAGAAUGCUCCUGCAACGAAGGAUAUUCUAAAGUAACAGAGAACAGCUGUGCUCCAGUCUGUAACAAUGGAUGUCAGAACGGAUUAUGUACUGCUCCUGAGGAAUGUUCCUGUUUCGCUGGCUAUUCUAAAAUAACAGAGAACAGUUGUUCACCAGUAUGUAAAGAUGGUUGUGAGAACGGAUUAUGUACUGCUCCUUUAAGAUGCUCCUGCAACGAUGGCUACUCAAAGAUCAGUGAGAGUAGAUGUGCUCCAGUCUGCAAAGAUGGGUGUGUGAACGGAUUCUGCUCUGCUCCUGGAGAAUGCUCCUGCAACGAAGGAUAUUCUAAAGUGAAUGAGAACAGCUGUGCUCCAGUCUGUAACAAUGGAUGUCAGAACGGAUUAUGUACUGCUCCUGAGGAAUGUUCCUGUUUCGCUGGCUAUUCUAAAAUAACAGAGAACAGUUGUUCACCAGUAUGUAAAGAUGGUUGUGAGAACGGAUUUUGCUCUGCUCCUUUAAGAUGCUCCUGCAACGAUGGCUACUCAAAGAUCAGUGAGAGUAGAUGUGCUCCAGUCUGCAAAGAUGGGUGUGUGAACGGAUUCUGCUCUGCUCCUGGAGAAUGCUCCUGCAACGAAGGAUAUUCUAAAGUGAAUGAGAACAGCUGUGCUCCAGUCUGUAACAAUGGAUGUCAGAAUGGAUUAUGUACUGCUCCUGAGGAAUGUUCCUGUUUCGCUGGCUAUUCUAAAAUAACAGAGAACAGUUGUUCACCAGUAUGUAAAGAUGGUUGUGAGAACGGAUUUUGCUCUGCUCCUUUAAGAUGCUCCUGCAACGAUGGCUACUCAAAGAUCAGUGAGAGUAAAUGUGCUCCAGUCUGCAAAGAUGGAUGUGUGAACGGAUUUUGCUCUGCUCCUGGAAAAUGUUCUUGCAAUGAUGGCUACUCUAAAACAACUGAGAUUAGUUGUUCUCCAAUUUGUAAAGAUGGAUGUGAGAACGGAUUUUGCUCUGCUCCUGGAGAAUGCUCCUGCAACGAUGGCUAUUCUAAAGUGAAUGAGGACAGCUGUGCUCCGAUUUGUGAUAGUGAAUGUAAGAACGGUCGUUGUUCUGCUCCGGGAGAAUGUACCUGUUUUGAAGGCUACACCAAGCAAAGUGAGCACAAUUGUUCUCCAGUUUGUAAAGAUGGAUGUGAGAACGGAGUCUGUGAGGCUCCCGAGGUGUGCAAUUGCAAUGAGGGUUACAGUAAAAUAAGUGAGAACAGCUGUGUGCCCCUAUGUGAUAGGGGAUGUCCUAAUGGUUAUUGUGAGUCCCCUAAUAAGUGUAGCUGCAAUGAGGGGUACAUUAAAAUAGAAAAUAUUUGCAUGUCUGAAAUGAGUGCUGAAAGUUCCAGUACAGCAAGAAAUGCGAAAACGGAAAUGCCUGUAAAUGGUGGAGAUAUCCAGAUGAAUGCAUGCAAACAAAGAUGUUGGAAUGGAACCUGCAUUGAUGGUAAAUGCAGUUGUAAUCCAAACUACAGAUUGACUGGAGAUGCAAACAACAUAACACAACUGCUUUGUCUGCCCGUGUGUGAGAGGGAGUGCAUCCACGGUUAUUGUGCAUCUCCAGAUGUAUGCAACUGCUUCGAUGGGACCAUCGCACAAGGAGGCUUUGAUUGUUCGAGCAUUGAGGGCAUAGAAAAUCCAGACGAAUUAAGCAGCAAAAAUGCAUUUAAAAAAUAUUGGUUAUUUGUGGUUUUAAUUUGCAUCGCUGUGAUUCUGGCGAUAAUAACUUGCUCUGGUUUAUACAUAUUCAAGGAACGCGUGUACAAUGUGGAAAGUACAGAAAAAAAAUGUGGUGUUCGUUUUUCGGGAAAUAAAGUCGAAAUGAUAUGGACCUGAGGCAUUAACUGAAGAGUAAUCCAUUAGUACUUACUUGGAUUAAUAAUCGCAUUAAUUGUAUUAUUACCUCAAUGAUUAAUUUGUUUUUCAUAAUUCCCAUAAACAAUUUGAAAAUUGUUGGUGUAAUUUAUGCAUUUACCUUUACCUCAAGAACUCUGAGCUAUUAUCAUAAAAAAUAGUUAUUUCAUCGCUUUAAAAUAAUAAUUGAUUUUUAACAUUAUUUAUUUAUUAAUAACAAUUAAUUUUCCGGAUAAUAAUACAAAUUCCGGUUUUUGCUUCGGAUUUGAAUAAAUUCUUGAUAACUUUUUGUAGUACUUUUAUAU